GGUGCGGAGAUGGCGGAGGCCGGGAGCCGCGCGGCCUGCUCUUCUCCCGCGGGUCGGGAGCGCGGCCCGUACCUGGCGGCGUGCCGGGCCUGCGGCGUCUGCCCGGCCUCCUGCCUGCUGCCCGGCCCGCGCGGCCCUGCGCUCCUCCUGCGGCACCGCGGGGUGGGCCCUCGGGGUGCCAAGGCGUUGGCUCUUUCCUUGAUGGCCAACACCUCUGUCGUCUCGUUAGACCUGGCUGACAAUUGGCUGCUGGGAGAAGGAGCAGCUGCAAUUGCAGAAAUGCUGAAGGAAAACCACUCCAUUUCAGCUGUCGAUUUAUCUGACAACAAAAUGGGCAUUGAAGGAGCUAAGGCCAUUUCUGCUAUGCUUCUAGAAAAUACUACAGUUGUGGUCCUCCGGCUCUCAGGAAAUGAGUUUGAUGACCAUGCAGCAAAGUAUUUAGCAGAUGCCAUCACAGCAAACAGCAAAGUGGAAGUUCUGGAUCUGAGUUAUAACAAGUUUGGUCACAAGGCAGGUGAAGCUCUUGGAGCAGCAAUAGCAGAAAACAUCGGAUUAAAGGAACUGAAAAUCAGCUGGAACCAUCUCCACAGUGAGGGGGCAGUUGCUUUGGCCAAAGGCGUGGGGGCGAAUGUGUUCCUCAAGGUGCUGGAUGUUUCCUACAAUGGCUUUGGCAACAGUGGAGCAGCUGCCUUGGGAGAGGCUCUCCGAGCCAACAACGUGCUGGAAGAGCUCAAUGUAAGCAAUAAUCGUAUUUCAGUGGAAGGAGCUCUGAGACUUGCAGUUGGCCUGAGAGAAAACAAGACUCUGAAGAUCCUUAGGAUGAUCAGAAAUCCCAUGCAGAACGAAGGAUGCUGUGGGCUCCUCAAAGCUCUACAGGCAAAUUCUGGCACUGGCAUGGAGAUCCUGGACCUGCCGGACAUCGCUUGGAGCAAAGAGUUGGCAGAGCUGUGUGAGGCUGUGCAAACACUUCUCCCAAACCUUCUUCUCCGACGUGGUGGAAGCACAAGAUUGCAGAGGAAAAGUCUGUUGGCGGUCGAGCUUCGGCCUCAGCCCAAAGUGUUGGGUAAUUCCCAUAACGCCGUGCCUUAACCUCCUUGGGCCUCGUGAAGAACUCGUACUCCCCAGGGUGAAGACCCCAUCUUAGGUCACGACUGCUGUUAUUUCCUGGAUGCACACUCUUUCUUUUCUGAGUUUCACAUCGGAUGGAUGCUACAGGCUGCCUGGAAACAGGACAGGCACUCAGCAGUGAUUCAGCACUGACAGCAGCACGUGGCUUUAACCCUUUCCCCCUCCCUGCACUGUGUCUGCCAUCACCCAGCAGCACCCAGGGCAUCCUCUCUGUGCUGCUGGGGAGAAAAGAACUCUAUGCCAUUACAUUCUGCUGAAAGGAAACUGUCCUAUAGAUGUACAAAUAGUUUUACAUGCUAUGUAUCUAAUAAAUAACAUCUGUGCCUACGACUCCACUGUCCAAACCAUUCA